AUGAUCAACUCUAUGAACGGCGCGCCCUUUCCAGCUAUCCUCAUUUCCAAGCCUAACGGCAAGUUUACGACAGGUCAGAACCAGCCUCAACAUCCAGCCGACGCAGCAUUAAAGGCAAGUGAUAUCAAGUCAGACUUGACUGCUGGCCAGGGCCGUCCGGAAUGGAUAUUUUCCGCAUACGCACCACACAAAGAUGUUGCGCGCCAGCUUUUCGGUGGAGCUCACCGCGAGCGUAGCAUGGAAGAGAUGCGCCUGCGCCAUUAUGAAUUAGCAACGUCCGGCAAUCUGAACCAAGCAAUUCAAGAAGCCUCAGCCCUGUGGCAAGAAUGCGUUCAACAGAUGGACAUCUCACUGAAUGACCUGAAUGGCGCCGUCAAAUAUGUCGUUGAUGGUAGAAACGAACAUCCCAAUCGACAGGAUAUUAUCGAGGGCAAGACCGACACUAGUUUGAACCAAGCUCCAGCGUCAUUUGGCCAACUCUCUCCAUUUGGCCAGCAAAAUGCUGCCCAUGCACCAAACACCGGUCCUGCACCCGGAGCGUUCGGCGCUCCAUCCUCAACCUUUGGUCAGGCUUCAGGACUUGGCCAGUCAGUUGGAUUCGGUAGGGCUUCAGCUCUAGGGCAGCCAUCUGGCAUGGGCCAGUCUACCGCCUUUGGACAGACUUCCACCUUGGGUGGCUUAGGUGGUUCCGCCUUCGGCCAAACCUCCACCCUGGGGGGGCAGUCUGCUUUCAACAAAACACCCUUCGGCCAGCCAGCUCUUUCUCAGCCGGGAGUAAACCCGAGCCCAUUCGGCAAGCCGUCAGUUCUAGGAGGUGCCGCCCCAUUCGGUGCUACAUCUGCCGCUUCUCCCUUUACCCAAAUAGCCCAGAACCAGCCUGCCGGUGGUGAAUUUGGUCAGACCGCUGGACAACCUACUCCCUCACCUUUCGGUCAAACCGCCGCACUACCUGGCCCGUCGCCGUUUAGCCAGCCAGCUGCCAAUCCAAGCCCAUUCGGCCAGCCCUCGGCCCUGGUAGGUGCCGCACCGUUUGGUCAGCUCUCAGCCCCGGUAGGCGCCUCGCCAUUCGGCCAGCCUUCAGCCCCGACAGGCGCAGCCCCAUUCGGGGCUUCACCUACCGCUUCUCCCUUCACCCAAGUGUCUCAGAAUCAGCCUGCUCCGUCUCCAUUUGGCCAGCCUGCAGUCCAAAGCGUGCCGGUACAGAAUACCAACGCCGGCCCGCGUGCAUACAUCAAAAUCGAUAAUCCCCAAGACCUCAAUCCACUUCCACAACUUGAGGGUGAAACUCGACACAACCCAUCCACCAAACAGCUAGUGAUGUGGAAGGGCCGCCCCGUCAAGUACAUCAACGAGCACCCGUGCUACCUUCACCCACAAGACAACAAAACCUUUGUCCGAGUCAACUUCCCUAACGGGCCACCUGAUCCAGCUAGUUUGAAAGACGCACACGGCAAGCCCGAGGAAUACACACCAGAAAUCACUGAGGCGUAUGAAUUUUUCCUGCAAAAUGGCUACUUCAAGGAUGGCAACAUUCCUGCUGUGCCUCCCAAGCAAGAGUGGCUCAGUUUCGACUUUUAA